AGGCCCAUGUGCGCUGCUGCGCAUCUUAGCACACAACGCGUAUUAACAAACAAACCCUUCACCUUUAUCUGCAACUCUUCUCACAAAUAACUCACCACUGCCCUCUCUCUAACACACACACACACACACACACACAUUCACACCAAAAACAACACAUAGUAAUGGCGAAAUCGGGGCUCAUCUUAGCACUCUGCGUCCUACUACCGGCGCUCAUUAGCGCUUCACGUCCGAUGUCUCGUCCGUACGUCUUGCAAGGCAGAGUUUACUGCGAUACCUGCCGUGCCGGUUUCGAAACCUCAGCCACUACUUACAUUCCAGGUGCAAAGGUUAGAGUGGAAUGCAAGGACAGGACACAAAAACUUCUGUACACCGCUGACGGAAUCACCGACGCAACCGGAACAUACUACAUCAACGUGAAUGAAGACCAUGGCGAUGAGACCUGUGAUGUGGCUCUUGUGAGCAGCCCACUUGGUGACUGCAAGACUGCUGACCCAGGGCGUGACCGUGCACGUGUGGUUCUAACCAGCUACAAUGGAAUUGUGUCGGACAGUCGUUUUGCUAACGCGAUGGGGUUCAUGAAAGAUGAGGUCAUGUCUGGCUGCACCAUGCUCCUCCAGUCUCUUAUGGAGGAAGAGGAUUAAAGUGUUGGUUAGUAGCAGACUCGAUUCUUGUCUAGUAUGUAAUGUGUUCUUGAUCUUGUUGCUUAAAACAUAUUCUAAUAUUUGUUUGUUCUGGAUUGUCUUGAGAUUCAUAUGUUUUAAUUGAUAUAAAGGAGCAAUGAGGAAACAUCUUGUUUCAUGAAUCA